GAGGGACAUAGAAUAGCAAUAUCCAUUCCUCCCGGCAGCUUGGGUGGUCAUGACCUUGCGGCAAAAACUAAACCACGCACAACAGUGGAAACUAAACUUGUUAUUGAAUUUAUGGCCACUGUCCCACCACCAAUCCCUGCUUCCCAGCUAAUUCUGCCAAAGCCAAGAUCCACCAAUAUGAUGCAGACUCCCCCCCAAUUACUUCCGGCCACAUAUCCGAGGACCUUCACCACUCUAUUUGGAAAGCUCCUAUCUGGGUUUAGACCCGUUUCCACCACCAGAGUCGCAGAACCAAGAUCUGAUGUUCUUGGGGAUGAAACACUAGCCGACAUCAAAACAGAGCUUUACCAGGCACUACAAGGAGUGAAUAGAGGGAUAUUUGGAAUCCCAUCUGCAAAGAAAUCCGAGAUUGAAGGUUUGGUGAAGCUGCUAGAGUCUCAAAACCCAACUCCAGACCCUACUUCCAAACUAGAUAAGGUGGAUGGAUGCUGGAAACUAGUUUACAGUACAAUUACAAUCUUGGGUUCCAAGAGAACCAAGCUAGGAUUGAGAGAUUUCAUUUCCUUGGGGGAUUUUUUCCAGAUAAUUGAUACUGCCAAGGGAAAAGCAGUAAAUGUGAUCAAGUUCAGUGCAAAGGCACUAAAUUUGUUGAAUGGAACGCUCACUAUCGAGGCCUCCUUCAAGAUUGCAUCGAAAUCAAGAGUGGACAUUAAUUACGACAAGUCGUCAAUCACUCCCGACCAAUUGAUGAAUCUGUUCCGGAAAAACUAUGAUCUUCUGCUUGGAAUCUUCACUCCACAAGGCUGGCUCGAGAUUACAUAUGUAGAUGAUGAUGGCAUGAGGAUAGGGAGGGAUGAUAAGGGCAAUAUCUUCAUAUUAGAGAGAUCAGGAGAAGGAGAGCCUUGAGCCUCUCCAUGUUAGAACGUCGUCACUUUGGCAGGAUUUAGUUGCUUAAUAAUUAAUUUGCUUCAAAUAUUUUUGAUCAUAUGGUAUCUGGUACAAUGCCAAGCAAAAUCAUUUUAUUACCUUGCCUUUGCGUUCAAUAAAUAUUUUGCAGAAACUAAAAAAAGAAAAAGAAAAAGAAAAAAA